UCAGAUUUGUCUAAAACCAUUCCAAGGCUAUAUCGUUUACUCGACUUGUGUAAAGAUGAUGGAUCCGAUGGACGUAUUGAUAAGAUAAUCAUUUCUACAGAGUCAUUGAAAAGACUUUGUAACGAUUUAGAGCCAAAUAGCUUCAAGUCGAUUUCUAAUAUUGAUUACACGAAAUUGAAUCAUACUAAGUUAAAGCUUAUCGGUUGCUAUGGUAAUCAUGUAUUAAUCGCAAAACUUUUAUUGGAAAAUCAAAUUAUUGACCAAUCAAC